AUGAAUCAGAUGGAUCCCGAACGUGAGAAACCACCACAUCAGCAAUCAAUCAUUCAACCAAGACAAAAUAUCCUGUACGGUAAGAAUCACCACAAAUGGUCUACAAAACCUAGAGACCCGCGUACUCACACGGCUGCUCGUGAUGUGCUGCAUAUUGUACCUGGUCCCACAGGCAGAGCUGAAGAACUCUCACAACCAAAAGACUUAUUUUAUCUUUUUGUAAAGGAGGAAAUGAUCGACUUUAUCGUACAAUAUACGAACGAGAAAUGA